CUAGAAAACAGUAUAAAUAUGAAUUUAUAAGCAAAAAAGUGUUUUAAAUGUACUUUCGAAUGAAUUUAAUUAUUAGGAAUUUUGUUACAGUGAUAAAAGGUGUUACUACCAAUAUGAGUACUGUUAGGGGACAAGUGCUUUCUGGAACUGAGCUUGCCAGAGAAAUAAAAGCCAAACUAAAAUGUGAUGUGGAAAGAAUCAAGUCAAAAAUACCAGGAUACUUGCCGCAGCUAGCCAUAGUCCAAGUGGGAGGCAGGGAAGAUUCAAAUGUUUACAUCAGAAUGAAGAUUCAAGCUGCUGCAGAAGUUGGAGCUCACGCCCAUCACAUUAAAAUGCCUAAAAGCACCACUCAAGAUGAGUUAUUAAAUGAAAUACAAAAUUUAAACAAUGACCCAAAAGUUCAUGGUAUAAUUAUCCAAAUGCCUUUAGACUCUGAUAACAAAAUUGACUCGCAUCUUGUGACUGACUCCGUUUCCCCUUCAAAAGAUGUUGAUGGUUUACAUACAAUAAAUGAAGGAAAACUAGCAAUAGGGGAUUUGUCCGGGUUCCUUCCCUGCACUCCGGUAGGUUGUCUGGAGCUAAUUAAAAAGUCUGGAGUACAAAUAGAGGGCGCAGAUGUGGUCGUUUUGGGCAGAAGUAAAAUAGUCGGAACACCCGCAGCUGAGCUGUUAAAAUGGCAUCACGCGACAGUGACGGUGUGUCAUUCAAAAACGAAAAAUUUGAAAGAGAAGUGUCAGCAAGCUGAUAUUUUGGUAGUCGCCAUCGGUAGAGCCCAUUUUGUGAAGAAAGACUGGGUGAAACCUGGAGCUGUGGUCAUUGAUUGUGGAAUUAAUAGUCUUCCAGAUCCAACCAAAAAAUCCGGCCAAAAAUUGGUCGGUGAUGUGGCCUACGACGAAGUUAAAGAGGUAGCAUCUCACAUUACUCCAGUUCCGGGCGGCGUAGGGCCGAUGACUGUAGGCAUGUUGAUCAAAAAUACGGUAAAUAGUGCCGAAAGAGCUUUAGGAGGAGUAAGACAUUUUUGGAAUUUGAGGCCACUGCCUUUAAGGCUGAAAACACCUGUACCAAGUGACAUUGAAAUCGCAAGAUCCCAAACACCAAAGGACAUCUCCGUACUAGCCGAAGAAAUUGGACUGUUGCCCAACGAAAUAUCGCAAUACGGCACCAAAAAGGCCAAAAUAUCUCUUUCCGUCCUUGACAGGGUUAAGGACCGACAAAAGGGCAAAUAUGUUGUCAUUACAGCUAUCACCCCAACACCAUUUGGUGAGGGUAAAAGUACAACCAUGAUGGGACUCGCUCAAGCACUCUACACAAAAAUGAAGAAAAACACUUUUGCCACCAUGAGGCAGCCUUCACAGGGGCCAACCUUUGGAGUUAAAGGUGGUGCUGCCGGAGGCGGUUACUCCCAAGUAAUACCCAUGGAAGAAAUGAAUCUUCACUUAACCGGAGAUAUCCACGCCAUUACAGCAGCUAAUAACCUCCUUGCCGCCCAACUGGACACCAGGAUUUUCCACGAAGCCACUCAAAAGGACGAGGAUUUGUACAACCGUCUUGUGCCAAAAAUUAAAGGCACCAGGGCUUUCUCAAAGAUCCAGUUGAGGAGACUACAGAGACUCGGCAUUACUAAAACCGAUCCUGACAGUUUGACUCCUGAAGAGAGGGUUCGAUUUGCUAGGUUGGACAUUGAUCCAGAACAUGUUCUUUGGAAUAGGGUGGUCGACAUUAAUGACAGGUUCCUUAGAGAAAUCACUAUCGGUCAAGCCCCAACUGAAAAAGGAAUGACCAGGAAAACUGGUUUCAUGAUUUCCGUGGCGAGCGAAAUCAUGGCCGUAUUGGCUUUAGCCAAAGAUUUGGGAGACUUUAAGGAUAGACUGUCUAAAAUGGUCGUGGCUUUUGACAGGAAAGGCAACCCCGUGACUGCCGACGAUUUGGGAGUAACUGGAGCUUUGAUGAUUUUACUUAAAGAUGCCAUCGAGCCAACCAUGUUACAAACGUUAGAAGGUUCUCCGGUUCUCGUACACGCCGGCCCAUUCGCAAACAUCGCCCACGGAGCUAAUUCUAUUAUCGCCGAUAAAAUCGCAUUGAAAUUGGUCGGUCCAGACGGUAUAGUUGUAACUGAGGCAGGAUUCGCUUCCGAUAUUGGCAUGGAGAAAUUCUUCAACAUUAAAUGUAGAAUUUCUGGUGAAAUUCCAAACGCAGUAGUGCUGGUAGCGACCAUAAGAGCCUUAAAAAUGCACGGCGGUGGACCGCCGGUCGCCCCAGGAGCCCCAUUGGCUCCGGAAUACACUCAGGAAAAUUUGGGACUGCUUAAAGCAGGUCUGCCGAAUGCCAUGAAGCAUAUUAGUAACGCCUUAAAGUUUGGCGUUCCCGUCGUUGUUGCUCUUAAUCAUCAUACAAACGAUACUGACGCAGAAGUUCAACUGGUCAUCGAAGAACUGAAAAAGGCAGGCGCCUAUGACGUAGUGCUUAGCAAGCAUUGGGCCAUGGGCAGCGAUGGUGCCGAGGAACUCGCCAAGGCCGUUUCCAAGGCUGUAGAACAACCGGCGAACUUUAAAUUCUUGUACGACCUCGACUUCCCGUUGAAGAAGAAAAUUGAAACUGUCGCCAAGGAAAUGUACGGGGCCGGAGAUGUUAAAUAUACCGACUUGGCUGAGCAGAAACUGAAGAAAUACGAAGAUCAGGGUUACGGUAAUUUGCCAAUUUGCAUGGCCAAAACUCAGCUUUCUUUAAGUGACAAUCCUGCCAUUAAGGGUGCUCCCACAGGUUUCACACUCACUGUUAAGGACGUUUCUGCUUCCAUAGGAGCAGGAUUCAUCAUUCCAUCUACCGGAGAAAUCACAAGGAUUCCAGGGUUACCUACAAGGCCUGCAAUCUACGACAUAGAUCUGAACAUUGAAACGGGGGAAAUCGAAGGACUUUUUUAAAAAUGAAUUCGUGUAUACAUAACAUGUUUUUCAUUUAAAUUUUAAUAAAUACAAUUAUUUUUACAAA